AUGAAGAUCGUUAGCAGGUCCACAAGAAUUUUCUUAAACUCUCAGAAAGUUUUUGUUAGUGGAUUAAUUAAGAUAAAUCGAAGAAAUUACGCACAAUCGAGUGGUUUGAGCUACAUCCACAACAUCGGGAAGCAACCACUGGUGUACAGGACAAUAGGUCAGCAGUUGACGCGAGCUGCUAAUGAAUUCGGUGACCGUGGAGCCGUUGUGUGCAUUGAGGAGCGCACAAAGUUCACAUAUGAGCAGUUGAGGAGUGAAGCUGAUCGUCUUGCCGCCGGUGGAUUAAUUAAGAUAAAUCGAAGAAAUUACGCACAAUCGAGUGGUUUGAGCUACAUCCACAACAUCGGGAAGCAACCACUGGUUUACAGGACAAUAGGUCAGCAGUUGACGCGAGCUGCUAAUGAAUUCGGUGACCGUGAAGCCGUUGUGUGCAUUGAGGAGCGCACAAAGUUCACGUAUGAGCAGUUGAGGAGUGAAGCUGAUCGUCUUGCUGCCGGGUUUCAGUGUCUCGGAUUAACACGGGGGGAUCGUGUGGGAAUUUGGGCUCCCAAUGUAGCCAUCUGGCCUGUUGUUAUGUUUGCCGCUGCGAGAGCAGGACUCAUCCUUGUGGCUCUCAAUCCAGCCUAUGAGGCACCAGAGAUGCAGUUCUGCAUCCAGAAGGUCGGCAUUAAAGCCCUCGUUGCGUCUGAGAGCUUCCGCCAGACGGACUACUAUGAGAAACUCGUGAAAAUUGUCCCAGAACUCAGCUCAAGUGAUCCUGGAAGGAUUCACAGCAAGAUCUUACCUCAUCUCACGACCAUCAUUAUCAACUCUGAACGAUACUUUCCAGGAACGUUCCGAUUAAGCGACGUGGGGUCCCUCCCAACACCUUCACAGAUAAGCUCAAUUGAGGAUCAGCAGAAAGAUAUCAGCCCCGAUAGUGGAUGCAACAUUCAAUUCACUUCGGGCACCACUGGGAUGCCAAAAGCUACAAUUUUAAAGCAUUUAGCUUUCAUUAAUAAUGCUUUAGCGUACAGGAAAUUGGGAAUGGAGAGGAGAAAAGCCUGCAUCCUUGUCCCAUUUUUCCAUGCUUAUGGAUUAAUGAUGGGUAUCAUGAACACAAUGUGCAAUAAUUUAACUCUUGUUGUCCCAUCAAUUCACUACAAUGCCCAAAAGAAUUUCUCAGUAAUCCGAGAUGAGGAGUGUUCAGUGAUCUACGGAACGCCUACAAUGUACGUGGAUUUGAUCAAUAAGCAGCGGGAGAUGAAUCUUAAACUCAAUGCGGAAAUUGCCAUAACUGGAGGAGCGCCGUGUACUCCACAACUCAUUAAAGAAAUGAAGGAAGGCUUGGGAAUUAAGAAGAUUAAGACUUUUCUCGGGAUGACUGAAAAUACAGGAGUUAGUUUCCUAAGCUUACCUGAAGAUCCAGAUGAGAGAGCCUUUGAUGGAGUUGGGCACAUUCAGGAUCACAUUGAAGCCAAAGUUGUUGAUGCUCAGGGGAAUCUCGUACCCUUCGGCACUCCCGGGGAGCUCUGUGUGCGCGGAUACUUCACCAUGUUGGGCUACUGGGGCGAUGAGGAGAAGACUCGCGAAACGUUGGGAAGGGACGGAUGGCUCAGGACGGGAGAUCAGUUCAUCCUGCAGUCCGAUGGGUAUGGGAAGGUUGUUGGGCGCCUGAAGGAGAUGAUCAUUCGUGGCGGAGAGAAUAUCUUCCCCAAAGAGAUUGAGAACUUCCUGGCCACUUGCCCACAAAUUGCCGAAGCCUACAUCGUUGGUGUCCCAGAUGAGCGUCUUGGGGAGGAAAUGUGUGCCUUUGUGCGUCUCCGCAGUGACUGUGAAUCCUUCUCACCGCAGGAUAUUCGGGAUUUCUGCAAAGGGAAGAUCACCUACUUCAAGAUCCCACGAUAUAUUGAAAUUGUCACGGAAUUCCCUAAAACUCUCUCGGGGAAAAUUCAAAAGUUUAAGCUCCAAGAGGAAUUUGUGGAUAUUAGCAGGAGAAUUCGGGUAUCAGCUUGAGAAAUCUACUGAUCAGACAUCCUUGCCUUCUUCCUGUGAACUUUUAUAUUUAUUUCAUUGAAUAAAAAACUUUAUUGAAAUCAGAAUAAUAUAAAAA